GAAUCUUUCUAGACUAAAAAGUUUCGUUUUCGUGGGUCGGUGUCAAGUCUAUCUCUCAUGUUGCUCCUCAGAAAACGCGUAGAAUAGUAAUGUCAUUGGCCCACUAGAUAAGGAUGGGACAAACGCUCUAGUCUAUGCGUUAGAAGGCAACUAGUAUUUUUGGUUAUUUUGGGAGGGAGUCUUUUUCUGUCUUGAGGGUUGGUUUGAUUGGAAAUCGAAAUGCCUCAACUUGAUAAAUUGACAUAUUUCUCACAAUUCUUCUGGUUAUGCCUUCUCCUCUUUACUUUUUAUAUUCUCUUUUAUAAUAAUAAUAAUGGAAUACUUGGAAUUAGCAGAAUUCUCAAACUACGGAACCAACUGCUUUCGCACCGGGGGAACAAGAUCCGGAGCAAGGACCCUAAUAAUUUGGAAGAUAUCUCGAGAAAAGGUUUUAGCACCGGUCUCUCAUAUAUGUACUCCAGUUUAUCCGAAGUAUCCCAAUGGACCGUCGACUAUUUGGGAAAAAGGAGGAAAAUCACUCUGAUCUCAGAUUUCGGAGAAAUAAGUGGCUCACGAGGAAUGGAGAGACAGAUUCUCUAUUUGAUCUCGAAGUCCUCAUAUAACACUUCUUCCAGUCGGAUCACUUGUUGGAAAAACAUAAUGCUCACACAUGUUCCACAUGGGCAAGGAAGCAUAAUCUAAUGAACUUAGAUUCUUUUCUUUCUAUAGGACUGAGGAUCCUUGCCUAGAUCCAGAAAAAGUUGG